AAGCAAGUGCAGUUCUGACACACUAAAAGCCAUCUGAAACUAUUUUCAUUUCAUGUCUAACAAGAAUAUUGGAGAGUAAAUAAAAUCAAAAUAGAAAGACAGCAGCUUCAGUGAAAACUCUUCAGAUAGAGACAAACUGGGAAGGGCAGGACAGGUGUUAGAUUACAGAGAGAGAGAGAGAGAGAGAGAGAGAGAGAGGGGGAGAGAGCGUUGCGGUGAUGUUCAUGCUCAUUCGAGACGGACAGGGAGGGGGAGGCAGUGGUGGCGGGAUGAGCGCUGCACCGGGGAGAACACCGAAACAGGUCCAAGCUGCCAUUAAGAAGACGGUGGAGAAACAGAAGAAGCAGCUUGAAAAUGGUGAGACCGUCAGCAACACAUCUAAAUCUAACGGGGGACGGAGACAGAGUCUGUCUGCACCACAUGAAAGAACAGGAGAUGGGGAUGAAGAGGUGGAUGUAGAGGUGGUAGCUGAGACAAAGCAACAGCAAGGGAAAGAGAAAACUGACCUAACACCCAUUGUGAAGUCAAUGUUUGGCCAAGACAGGGAUCUCCAUCCGGAGGAGAUAGAAGGUACUUACAGAAACCAUGCACAAGUCUUAAUGUUGGUAGAGAGCACGGUUCAUCAAAUUAAGCCUGCUGUGUGUGUGUGUGUGUGUGUGUGUGUGUGUGUGUGUGUGUGUGUGUGUGUGUGUGUGUGUGUAGAGCUGCGGGAGGCUUUUAAAGAGUUUGAUAGGAACAAAGGCUACAUCAACUGUAGGGACCUUGGCGAGUGCAUGAGGACUAUGGGAUACAUGCCGACGGAGAUGGAGCUCAUCGAGUUGAGUCAGCAAAUCGGUGGGGGCAAAAUCGACUUUGAAGAGUUUGUGGAACUGAUGGGCCCUAAAAUGCUCGCAGAGACAGCAGACAUGAUUGGAAUCAAAGAAUUAAAAAAUGCCUUCAAAGAGUUUGACUCGAAUGGCGAUGGGCAGAUCAGCCUUAGCGAGCUGAGGGAGGCCAUGAAGAAACUCAUGGGCGAGCAGCUGACCCCGCGAGACAUCGACGCGAUCAUCCAGGACGGGGACCUCAAUGGAGAUGGCCAAGUGGACUUUGAAGAGUUUGUGAGGAUGAUGUCACGCUGACGGUUCAUCACAGAGGAUCUACCAUAAAUAAUCUGUUAUAUAGAGCUGGGAUAACAUAGCUACGACUGUUUUUGUUUGUUUGUUUGUUUGUUGUUUUUUUUAAUGUAAUUAAAUAAUAAUCAGAUUUAUUUUUUCAGUUGAUCUGUAUGUUGAAGGAAAUAUUUAAUAAAGUAAUUUACUGUGAUUUACUAAUUAAUGUAGUUAUUUGGAUGGUUUCAGUUUAGAUGAUGGAAAAAAAAGAUCACAUUGAGGACAGUUAUAAAAGUUCUGACCCCCUACUCACGCUCUCAGGUUAAAAACACUGUUCACUUUCGGGUUUAUAUAUAUAUAUUUAUUUAAGAAUAAUUGAAAUUUGGCAAGUGCUAUAAAUUUGCAAUGUGUAGAGCAGGAGUGUCAAAAAGUUCUAAUCGGGCACACCAAAUGAAUUUAGAAUCUAAUUUCUACAUUUAAAUUUUAAUUAAUAAUUGAAUAAUUAUUAAUAUAUAUAAGAGCUCAUUUCUGUUAGCACAAGAAAUGCAUAUGCAUAAAAUUCCCCCAUUGGCCCUUCUCUAUCAUGGCCCACUAAUAAUCCCCAUCUCUGAAUUGACUACAUCACUCUCUCCUCUCCACUAAUAGCUGGUGUGUUGUGGGCAUUCUGGAGCACUAUGGCUGCCGUCACAUCAUCCAGGUGGACGCUACACACUAGUGGUGGUUGAGGAGAUUUCCCCUCAUACGAUGUAAAGCGCUUUGAGUGUCUAGAACAGCGCUAUAUAAAUGUAACUGGAACUGUAGAAUGGAUGAAUGGGAGAAAAUUCUGCUUGCUAAACCUAACCAACUGGUGUCUUCACUCAGCGCUCAAACGCUUAAUACGUGUUAUUAAAAGAAAAGCUGAUGUUACACAGCGGUAAACAGUCGACUGUCCCAACUUUUAUUGGAGUGUGUUGCAGUCAUUAGACUUGAAAUGAGUGUAUAUUUUCAAAAAUAAAUUAAACUCACAAAGUAAAACAUCAAAUAAUGUGUUAUUAAUGUGUUUUCAAUAUAGUACAGGGUGAAUUGAAUUUUCAAAUUACUUUUUUUUUUCUUUUUUUCCAUACUGUCACAACUUUUUUUUUCUGAAUUGGGGUUGUUCUUCAUAGUACCUAACCUCACAUUUUAUCAGUUCAUGCACAAGUGCACUAUGUUCAUUAUACAUUAAAUAUAAGUAACAAUUAGUGCACUAUAUGUGCAGUAUUAAGUCAUUUGGAAGGUCCAGUAUGUCUAAUAUGCCUUUUGAUAUGGGAGUAAGAAAUUCACAAUAGGAAAAACAAUUAGUAUUGAUCAUUUGAUUUUUAUUGAAAAGGUGACCAGGAUUCUGUACAUUUCAUAAAGGGAGAUGAUUAAAGAUCUCUUCUUCUCUCCCUUUUUGCAGUCCAUCCUCCUGAAAGGGUAGGGCAGGGAAGAGGUAAUAAAAACUAAAAUAUGGAAGGAAAAACAAAAGUCAUGGCGCAUGAGCGAAAGAGAGGAGAGGAACUGAGUGGAGGAGGAAAGGCUUAUGUGUUAUUCAGGAAGCUCAGGAGCUUAAAAAGCUCCACUGGGAUGCAAAAUGUAACCUUGAGAGUCUCUAACUCCUAAACACCGUCUCGGUACACCAAAGAUUUUUUCAAGGGGGUGGUCAUAGUGUCCUCAGACGUCUCUCUUCCUCUCCUUCCUCCGGCGGCCCUCUGCUUCUCCUCCGCUUUGUCUCUUCCGCUCCUGGCCUAGCCCUCACUUGCUGGCCAUGGUGUAGCAGCCAUGUGGGUGCCACUGCAUGUCACGGAUGCGCCUAAUGGACUGCAUCUGAGGGCAGCGAGCGCCAUACUCGUUAAAGUGUCUAUAGUCGCCCUUCUCCAGCAGGUACUGGCUGCCACGGUAGCCAGGGUAUUGGUAGCCCACCCAGCUGAAAGACAGAAGAAUGCAUUCAGGACUAUACUGUAUGUUUACUAUUGGCCGGCAUAAACAUAAACAGCUGUAUGUACAACGAUUUAAUCACAAAUGUAGAAAGUUUGUUCAAUCAAAUCCACU